AUGGAUGUUUCGAAUGCUUUUCUUCAUGGGCAUCAUGAGGAACAGGUGUUCUGUCAGCAGCCGACUGGGUUCGUGGAUGAGUCUUCUCCGGAUCAUGUGUGCUUGCUUUCUCGAUCUCUGUACGGGCUCAAGCAAGCUCCUCGCGCGUGGUACCAGCGCAUCGCAGCAUUUCUUACUCAGCUUGGCUUCCGCUCCACUCGCUCCGAUGCUUCACUAUUUGUCUACCACCAGGGUGAUGCUACUGCUUUUCUGCUGCUUUAUGUCGACGACAUCAUCUUGACAGCAUGCUCGACUGCCCUUCUUCGACAGCUCACGGAUCGUCUUCGUGCUGAGUUUGCCAUUAAGGACUUAGGUCCUCUGCACUAUUUCCUCGGGAUCGAGGUUAUUCGUCGAGCAGAUGGCUUCUUUCUUCAUCAGCGGAAGUAUGCUCAUGAGCUUCUGGACCGUGCCGGGAUGCUUAAUUGCAAACCGGCUGCCACACCUGUCGAUACGAAGGCCAAGCUCUCUGCCACAGAUGGUUCUCCUGCUUCAGAUGCUCCAUUCUACAGGUCGAUUGUUGGUGCUCUUCAGUACCUCACUCUUACUCGUCCGGAGCUCCAGUACGCUGUUCAGCAGGUGUGCCUUCAUAUGCAUGCUCCCCGUGAUGCUCACUGGACCGCAGUCAAGCGCAUUCUGCGCUAUAUCCGUGGCACCUUGGAUCUUGGGCUGUCACUUCAGGCUUCAUCAUCUAUGGAUCUGACGGCUUAUUCUGACGCCGAUUGGGCCGGCUGCCCUGACACGCGCCGCUCAACCUCUGGUUAUUGCAUCUAUCUUGGACCAUCACUUAUCUCCUGGUCGUCCAAGCGGCAGCCCGUUGUCUCCCGCUCCAGUGCUGAAGCGGAGUACCGCGCCGUUGCCAACGUCGUCGCCGAGUGUUCCUGGCUUCGUCAGCUUCUGCAUGAGCUCUUGUCUCCGGUUGACAAGGCCACGAUUGUCUACUGUGACAAUGUUUCUGCAGUCUACCUCUCUGCCAACCCGGUUCAUCAUCGACGCGCCAAGCACAUUGAGAUUGAUAUCCAUUUUGUUCGCGAACAGGUAGCUCUUGGUCAUGUACGCGUGCUGCAUGUCCCUACGUCUCAACAAUUUGCUGACAUCAUGACAAAGGGCUUGUCUACCGCGUCUUUCGAGGAGUUCCGAUCCAGUCUUUGCGUCGACCAUGGUGCCGCUUCGACUGCGGGGGGGGGUGUUGAGAUGUAG